UUCAUAAUGCUCAUUCACAACCACAAGGUGGGGUUCCUACACAACCAUAUGGAGUUCAUAAUGCUCAUUCACAACCACAAGGUGGGGUUCCUCCACAACAAUAUGGAGAUCACAAGGCUCAACCACAACCACAAGGUGGUUUUCCUAGAGCCCCACAACCUGCACAUGUAAAUGCUAAUGUUAAUCAACCGCCAAUGGAAUCGUCAUCAUUCAGUGAGAGGGAAAGAAGGGAACGUGAAAGAAAGGCACAUGAAAAGGCUAUAAGAAAACAAUUUCCAUAUAGAAUCCCUACUCCUUUUAAAAGAAAAAAAUGCAUCGCAAUAACUGUGUUUAAAUUUUUAACUCUGGUGACAACCUUAUCUGUUCUUGAAUUGUAUGUUACUGCUACAUACGUUACUCAUGACUUGCCUAGAAAAUUGUUCUUUAUUAUUGUGGCAUGUGAAUUCUUGCCUAGAAUUAUUCAAACUUAUCAAGUUUACAUAUACACUAAAAAGAAACUUACUCUUAAUGAUGCAAUUGGAACUUUAUUAUGUCAAAUAAAUUAUUACUAUUGGAUGGGUAAACAACGUGGUGAUUUAACAAAGAGCGAAAUUAAUAAAAUAGAGUUUUCAUCAGAUCUUAUAUCACUUACAAAGUUAUUUGUUUUAGCUUAUAUAUAUAGCCUUCAAUCUGACAAAUUACAACAAAGUUCUGGCACGGGUAAAAAGGUUGCCAGUGAUAUGA